CCCUUACUGGAACAUGCACUUAAUGUCAAUCUGGGUAUGACUGGAGAUUCGGGAUGCACAGCAGUCCGCCCCCGUCUGUGAUCCUGUGACUGAAAGAGCUAAAUGUGGACAAGUAUGCUGAGGGUCUCCCUCAUAUUUGCAGAGGAACUCUACAGGUAAAGAGAUCGACAAAGAUGUGGAAGUUCCAGCAGAGUUUGGGUUGUUUACUCCUUCUCUGUUGCAUCAGCAUCACUGAGUGUCGGGUACUAAAGUUUGUCGUAGCCGUGAUGCGACACGGUGAUCGAUCUCCUAUUGAGUCAUAUCCCAGGGACCCUCAUGGGGAGGAAGUGUGGGCUCAGGGCUUCGGACAGUUGACUGAGCUGGGCAUGAAACAACAGUUCGAGCUGGGCAGGUUCCUAAAGCGGCGCUACGGAAACUUUGUCAGCGAGGACUACGACAACAAAGAGUUAUAUGUGCGGAGCACUGACUACGACCGUACCCUGAUGAGCGCCCAGGCUUGCCUCGCUGGAAUGUUCCCUCCAACCAGACGCCCGCCUCCCAUUGCGCCCCAGUUGCUCUGGCGGCCUAUUCCAGUGCACACCAUCCCCAGGGCUCAGGACAAGCUGCUGAAGUCUCCGGGUAAAGACUGUCCGCGGUUUAGAGCGCUGAUGACGGACACCUUUGAGAGUGAGCAUUACCAGAAAUUCCUAAGGGCUCACCAGUACUUUGCGGAGGGACUCUCCAACAACACUGGCUACCCUGUGUCCAAACUGGUCGGCAAAAAAAUCUGGAGGGUCUAUGACACGCUUACCUGUCAGAUGAUUCAUAACUUGACUCUCCCACGUUGGGCCACCCGAGACGUUCUGGACACCCUGAGGAGAAUAGCAUCCUUCGAGGUCAUGUACAGCAUCCUCAGUCACAAGCGAAAAGAGAAGGCCCGGCUCUCCGGAGGGGUCUUACUGAAUGCCAUCCUGAGGAAUUUCUCCGGGGCUGUAGAGCAAAGGAGCAGCCUGAAGUUCAUUAUGUACUCAGCUCAUGACUCCACACUCAUCACCCUCCAGGCUGCUCUGGACGUGUACAACGGCCUUCUUCCUCCUUACGCUGCCUGUCAGCUCUUUGAGUUCUACCAGGAGUAUGAUGGAUCCUAUUCUCUGGGGCUUUAUUACCGCAAUGACUCCGGGCGGGAACCCUACCCCAACGCUGUGCCAGGAUGUAACGGGCUGAACCCCUGCUCUUUGUCCCUGUUCAACGAGCUGGUGCGGGACGUGGUGGCCGAGGACUGGGAGGUUGAGUGCGGGUUUAGGACAAAAUGGUCAAGCACAGGUGUCUUGACAGCUCUUGCAGUGGUCGUGGGUCUCCUGGCAGUGGCGCUGUUGUUCAGCAUAGGCGUGGCAGUUCGCAGGAGGCGAGCACACUACUCCAGGGAGGUGUAACGCAAUGUGCCAAAAAUACACAAGUUGCUUCUCAGCUGUGGAAACAGCUCUAAUACUAUUAAUAACAACAACAAUGUGCCAUGUAGUUUGAUCAUUUAGAUCCUGACAGAGUGUGUGUGUGUGUGUGUGUGUGUGUGUGUGUGUGUGUGUGUGUGUGUGUGUGUCAUUUCUUCUAUAAUUAUGUUCAGAUGACUAAACAAAAUAUACAGCAUGUUCAUGGAUAUUAUUGAAAAUAAUUUGACAAAGAAAUUAAAUGUU